AGGUUUCAAACCCACAUCUACCUCUACUGCUUUGCUACAUUACUAGCAUUAGAGACUUGAGGGAUUAAGAUUGAGUACUAAUGGCUUCUGCUGCCACAUUUUCCUUAGUGACACAAGUUCUAUGCUUGACUCUUUGUUUACUUAGCUUAGGCUGCUCUGCCUUCACUACUGAAGAUUACUCAGAUGCUCUUGACAAGUCCAUUCUCUUCUUCGAGGGCCAGAGGUCCGGGAAGUUGCCAUCAAACCAGAGGCUCAAUUGGAGGGGCAAUUCUGGCUUGUCUGAUGGCUCCUCUUAUCAUGUGGAUUUAGUAGGCGGCUACUAUGAUGCUGGAGAUAAUGUCAAGUUUGGGCUACCAAUGGCCUUCACUACUACAUUGUUAGCAUGGAGUGUUAUUGAGUUUGGUAGCUCUAUGCCUAACCAGAUUGAAAAUGCCAAGGCUGCCGUACGUUGGAGCACAGAUUAUCUGUUAAAGGCAGCCACCACAACCCCAGGAACCUUAUAUGUCCAAGUGGCAGAUCCAAACAUGGACCACAGCUGCUGGGAGAGGCCAGAAGAUAUGGAUACACCGCGCAAUGUUUACAAGGUGUCAACUCAAAAUCCAGGGUCCGAUGUUGCAGCAGAAACUGCUGCUGCACUGGCUGCAGCUUCCAUAGUCUUCAAGGACUCUGACCCUUCUUACUCUGGAAAAUUGCUUCACACAGCUAUGAAAGUGUUUGAUUUUGCAGACAAGUACAGAGGUUCUUACAGUGACUCCCUCGGCUCAGUGGUCUGUCCUUUUUACUGCUCAUAUUCUGGAUACCAAGAUGAGCUUCUUUGGGGCGCGUCCUGGAUUCAUAGAGCCUCGAAGAACAGUUCAUACUUGUCAUACAUCAAGUCCAAUGGCCACACAUUGGGUGCUGAUGACGAUGACUACUCUUUUAGUUGGGAUGACAAGCGAGCCGGAACAAAGGUCCUCCUUUCCAAGAGCUUUCUAGAGACCAACACUGAAGAAUUCCAGAUAUACAAAGCACACUCAGACAACUACAUAUGCUCUCUAAUUCCAGGAUCAUCUAGUUUUCAGGCCCAAUAUACCCCUGGAGGACUUUUGUACAAAGCAAGUGAGAGCAAUCUCCAGUAUGUUACUUCCACAACACUACUACUCCUUACAUAUGCAAAGUACCUUAGUUCAAACAGAGGAACAGUAAGAUGUGGAUCCUCAGCUGUCACAGCCGAAACCCUAAUCGCACAGGCAAAGAAGCAAGUGGACUACAUCCUUGGUGACAAUCCGGCAAAGAUGUCAUACAUGGUGGGAUUUGGAAAGAAGUAUCCACAGCAUGUACACCACAGGGGUUCUUCUGUGCCAUCUGUACAUGAACACCCAGGUCGCAUUUCCUGCAACGAUGGAUUUCAGUACUUCCACUCUGGUUCCCCAAAUCCAAAUGUGCUUGUUGGAGCCAUAGUUGGCGGACCAGACAACAAGGACAACUUCGCCGAUGACCGGAACAACUACCAGCAAUCCGAGCCUGCCACUUACAUCAAUGCACCAUUUGUUGGGGCUCUUGCUUUCUUCUCUGCCAACACCAACCCAAAAUAGUUCCAAUUUCUCACUUCAAAAACAAAGGAGAAGUGAGGAGUUAGAGAGCAAAAUCUAAACAUUACCUCUAUGAAGUAACAUUCACGGUCUAAGGAUUAUGCCAAUGACAUUAUCCAUGAACUAUGGCAUAUAGUAAAAGAGUGGGUACGAAAUGCUGGAAAAUUAAUGUAACUUCCACCAUGAAGAAAUCAACAUUUACUAUAUGUUACGUUCUA